AUGCUAGAUUUUUACAAGGGAAAAAAAAAGUUCACUUUAAAGAGUGCCCUAUAAUUUAAAUUAAUGUGUGGUUAGGUUGGAAGAAACCAUGAUCAAGGGACUAUUACUGUCUAUAGUACCCAUCCUGGUUACUAGGAGGAUAGGGAGGAAUGGAGUAAGGUGGUGGCGGCAUAGGCCGGGGUUGGUGGGGAGGGGUGUUGUUGUAGUACGAACCAUGCCACCCGGGAUAUGGAGAUUGACCAUAUUCACUAUGGCCCGAGGGCGGGUACUGUUGGUAGUGAGGGUGGGGUGGGGGUGGGGGGUAGGUGGGACCCGGAGCGGGGAAGUGAUAGGGAGGCAAUUGCCGUUGAUGAUUGGUGGGGUAUGGGGGAGGAGAAACGGAAAUCGGUUGGUAGACCGGGUGGUGUUGGGGAGGGGGAGGGUUGGAGGGAUUUGUGGGUCUGGUGGGUUGGGAGGAAUUCAGAUGUCCUACGGUAGGGUAGGUAUACUCACCUGAAGGUUUGGCGGUGUCCUGAAAACUAAGGCCGGAGAUUUUCCUCUGAACAUCAUCUAUCAUUUCCCGGCAUUGGGUGCUUCUCGUAUUCACGAAAUCGCUGCAUUGUUGCUUUACAUUGAUGAUUGCAUCCUGUUCAAAGUUUGGAACUGUAAAUCUUAGACAUAAAAACUAAACUAUUUU